UAAAAGUAGCUGACAAAUUAACUGUUGGUGAAAUUACUCCAUAUUCGAUUUUUCGUUUAUUUUUUUCUGAUCUACAAUUAACUACUAUUGUUAAAAAUACAAAUUAUUAUGCAAUUGCAAAAUCGGCUGGUAAAGGACGUGAAUGGAUUUCUUUAACGAUCGAAGAAUUAUUAAUAUGCGAUAUCUUCAUAUCGCAAAUAUUGAAACAAAAUCAUCUCAAUUACUGUGUAUGGAAUUUGGUGGAAGAAUCACUUGAAAUGGGUCAAAAUUUACAUACAUGGAAAAAAAUAGCAAUGAUUCAGUCAGGAUUACAGGAGAAUCAAGAUUUACAAAGAUCAUUUUAUGUUACAAAAAAAUUUGACUUACCCAUUGAACGAUUACACCCACGAAGUCACUACCCAGUAUAUCGUUCUGAGAAAGAGAGGGGUUCCUGUGUUUAG